AUGAUCAAGAGGAGCAAUAGCUACACCGGUACUGCCACUUGGUUUUCCCCUGAAAAAAACGGCGGUAACUACGGUGCCUGUUGGGGUGAGUGGAUCGAUGAUGAUUCAGAAAUUGUCGCUUUGAAUGGUGACCAAUACGGUGACAUGGACGGUAACUCUAAGUGGUGUGGUAAGCGUGUUCAAAUUAACGGCCCCCACGGUACUGUCACUGCUAAGAUCAUGGACGCUUGUCCUGGAUGUGGCUGGGGAGACCUUGAUUUGACUCCUACCUUGUUCAAGCGUGUUGUUGGUGAUCUUGAUAAGGGUGUAGGUGAAAUCAAGUGGAAGGUUCUCUAA